AUGCAAAUUCAAAAACCACCGUACACAGCGGUUGGUGAAUAUAAGAAGGUAUAUGCAAAUAAUCGUGUGUAUAUAUGCAUUUUAGGAAGCCAUUAGUCAGAGUCAAAAAUGAAAAGUUGUAGCCACAUAUGGGCAUAUAACUAAUGAUAAUGUGGAUGAUAAAAACGCUUCUAAUCCUGAACAGUAUUUAAAUGCAAAAAGUAUAAAUACCAUGGAAACAGAAGAUUAUAUAUAAUUGGUGUUUUUUUGUGAACUAUUAGGUCAUCAUGAACAAUAACAUGACUCUGCAAGAUCUCCAUGAAGCGUUUGUCACAGUUUUCUUUGAUGAAAGGACAGAUUUAGAAGACGUCCUAAAAUUAUACAACAUAGCAGUUGUCGAUGGGAAAUCAACAGUAAACAGUGACAAGGAGAUAAAUAAGCAUUACACGUUCGGUUUCUAUUGGAAAAGGAAG